AUGGAAGGAACAGGCAGUCUACUGCCUAAGCAGAACUCUGACAGAAGUGGAAAGAAAGCUUUUGCAGACUUCUUGGCAGAUCAUCUAGGGGAAGAGAUUGAGAACAUGGAUUCCAUGGAUAUAGCCAAUGCAAAUCUGCUAAGUAGAGCUCACAUCUGUCUUAAUAAUCCCAUAUACUCAGUCCAUCUCACCCCUUGGAAUUUGUAUUUUGAUGGAUCUAAAAUCGACCUGGCUUCUGGAGCAUGA